UAAUAUCAGAACAGAUUAGUGCGAAUGUCAGAAAUGUGCCGUAACAAUAAUAUUACGAGUUAAAUUGUAUAAAAAAUUAACCAUUUUCGAAGUUUAUACAAUAUUAUCACCAUGUUCAAAUUACUGAGCCGCCACGGGCGACCUAGGAGUGCAGUUAUAAAUUUAUUCUCAGAAAAGAGUUUUGAGGUUAGAAAAGCAAAGGUUUAUUACAUAUACUCUUCAGCUGGAUCUGUGAGGUUUUCAUCGGCUGGUGCAGGCGAUGUAGGCAAAACUGCGAACAUUGUUGAAAGUAUACCAGAGCCGCCGCCCGUCCCUGACCCUGCAACAGUCUUUGACGUAACUGCUGAAACUGUGCAGACUAUUGCUGCAAAUGGGGAACCUACUUUCGCCAGCCUUGGCCUUGGAGGCUGGAGCCCUGUCGGUAUGGUACAAAAUUGUCUCGAGUAUCUCCACAUCUCUUUGGAUGUGCCCUGGUGGGGGGCUAUUCUCAUAGGAACUGUUGUAGUUCGAGUGGUCAUGUUCCCACUGGUCAUAAUGUCACAAAGAAACGCAGCAGCUAUGAACAACAAUUUGCCAGAGAUUCAGUUGUUACAAAUGAAAAUGUCAGAAGCUAGAAAGACUGGCAAUCAGCUUGAAGCUGCUCGUUAUGCCCAAGAAAUGAUGACAUUUAUGAAAGAAAAAGGAUUGAAUCCUUUGAAAAACGUGAUGGUUCCUCUAGCUCAAGCCCCUCUUUUCCUUUCCUUCUUCAUAGGUUUAAGGGGAAUGGCAAAUUGCCCUGUGGAGAGUAUGACAUAUGGUGGGCUUGGAUGGUUUAUGGAUUUGACAGUACCUGAUCAAUUUUUCAUAUUACCUUUGAUUACUAGUGCCACUAUGUGGGCAACAAUUGAACUGGGUGUUGACGGAGGUCGCCUGGAUGCACAGAACAUGCAAAUGAUGAAGUACUUCCUGAGAGCUAUACCUGUCAUCAUGGUCCCCUUUACUAUUAACUUCCCAGGAGCCAUUUUAUGUUACUGGUGCUCAAGUAACUUCAUAUCCCUGGUGCAAGUUGGUGUGCUAAAGAUACCAGCAGUCAGAGAUUACUUCAAGAUACCUCAGCUCAUUAAACAUUCACCCGACAGCCUGCCUGUAAAGAAAAAAGGUUUUGUUGAUGGAGCUAAGGAGUCAUGGACAAACAUGAAAAUAACCAAAGAGUUAGCAGAGAGGCAGAGAGUAGAUGAAAUUAUUUUUACGAAAGCUGGCAAAGGACCCUUGCAGAAGACAUACAAAUUUGACCCGACAAAGUUAACUAAUAUUCAAGCUAAACCUAAGUAGGUUGUGAAAGAUUUUUUGUUUAGUGUAGACUAUUAUGUAAUAAAUGUUAUCUAAAUUAAGAA